AUGUGUGCGUACAAGUUCAUUGCAAUCACUGACAAGAACGUGCUGGUUCCCAGGCCCCUCGCUCCUCCUGAACCUGCUGCCGAGCCUAUGGUCUUACCCCCUUUUCCCCCCGCAGAGGAGGAACUGUACGGGGUGAAGAUACUUUCAGGUGACAUCCUGACCUCGGGUGGUCUCCACAUGUCAGGUGAAAUUUCAGGUGGUGUGUGGCUGGUGGGAGGCAAAGAUAUUUUGGGAGGCGUCUCAAGAGUUGGCCUGAGGCUGCACCGGCAUGCCACACACCCCGUGGAGCCUCAACAGUUUCCUUCCGCCGCCGCUGCUGCUGAUGCACAUAAUGGCUACUCCUCUCCACUCAAUCAGAGUCUACCACUGCCUCAUGCUAUGGCGUGGCAUGCUAUUGCGUGGCAUGCUAUGGCGUGGCAUGCUAUGUUGUGGCAUGCUAUGGCGUGGCAUGCUAUGGCGUGGCAUGCUAUGGCGUGGCAUGCUAUGGCAUGGCAUGCUAUUGCGUGGCAUUCUAUAGCGCGGCAUGCAAUAGCGCGGCAUGCCAUAGCGUGGCAUGCAAUGGCGCGGCAUGCUAUGGCCCGGCAUGCUAUCGCGCAACAUGCUCUAGCGUGGUAUGCUUUGGCGCGGCAUGCUAUGGUCCGGCAUGCAAUAGCGUGGCAUGCUAUGGCGAGGCAUGCUAUAGCGCGGUAUGCUAUAGCGUGGCAUGCUAUAGCGAGGCAUGCUAUAGCGAGGCAUGCCAUUGCGUGGCAUGCUAUCACGUGGCAUGCUAUAGCGUGGCAUGCUAUGGCGUGGCAUGCUAUAGCAUGGCAUGCUAUGGCGUGGUAUGCUAUGGCGUGUCAUGCUAUAGUGUUCCAUGCUAUCGCGCAUGCUGUAGCGUGGCAUGCUAUGGCGUGGCAUGCUAUGGCGUGGCAUUCGAUGGUGUGGCAUGCUAUGGCGUGGCAUGCUAUGGCGUGGCAUGCUAUAGCGUGGCAUGCUAUGGAGUGUCAUGCUAUAGCGGUCCAUGCUAUAGGGUGGCAUGCUAUGGCGUGGCAUGCUAUGGCGUGGCAUGCUAUGGCAUGGCAUGCUAUAGCGUGGCAUGCUAUAGUGUGGCAUGCUAUAGUGUGGCAUGCUAUAGUGUGGCAUGCUAUGGCGUGGCAUGCUAUAGCGUGGCAUGCUAUAGCGUGGCAUGCUAUAGUGUGGCAUGCUAUGGCGCGGCAUGCUAUGGCGUGGCAUGCUAUGGCGUGGCAUGCUAUAGUGUGGCAUGCUAUAGUGUGGCAUGCUAUAGCGUGGCAUGCUAUAGCGUGGCAUGCUAUAGCGUGGCAUGCUAUGGCGUGGCAUGCUAUGGCGUGGCAUGCUAUGGCGUGGCAUGCUAUGGCGUGGCAUUCUACAGCGUGGCAUGCUAUAGCGAGGCAUGCUAUAGUGUGGCAUGCUAUAGUGUGGCAUGCUAUAGUGUGGCAUGCUAUAGCGUGGCAUGCUAUAGCGUGGCAUGCUAUAGCGUGGCAUGCUAUGGCGUGGCAUGCUAUGGUGUGGCAUGCUACAUCGUGGCAUGCUAUAGCGAGGCAUGCUAUAGCGUGGCAUGCUAUAGCGAGGCAUGCUAUAGCGUUGCAUGCUAUAGCACCGCAUGCUAUAGCGUGGCAUACUAUAGCGAGGCAUGCUAUAGCGUGGCAUGCUAUAGCGCGGCCUGCUAUAGCGUGGCAUGCUAUAGCGAGGCAUGCUGUAGAGAGGCAUGCUAUAGCGAGGCAUGCUAUAGCGAGGCAUGCUACAGCGUGGCAUGUGAUAGCGUGGCAUGCUGUGGUGUGGCAUGCUAUGGCGAGGCAUCCUACGGCGCGGCAUGCUAUGGUGUGGCAUGCUAUGGCGUGGCAUGCUAUAGCGUGGCAUGCUAUAGCGAGGCAUGCUAUAGCGUGGCAUGCUAAGGUGCGGCAUCCUAUUUUGCGGCAUGCUAUAGCGAGGCAUGCUAUAACGAGGCAUUCUAGAGCGAGGCAUGCUAUAGCGUGGCAUGCUAUAGCGUGGCAUGCUAUGGCGUGGCAUGCUAUGGCGUGGCAUGCUAUUGCGUGGCAUGCUAUGGCGUGGCAUGCUAUGUUGUGGCAUGCUAUGGCGUGGCAUGCGAUGGCGUGGCAUGCUAUGGCGUGGCAUGCUAUGGCAUGGCAUGCUAUUGCGUGGCAUUCUAUAGCGGGGCAUGCAAUAGCGCGGCAUGCCAUAGCGUGGCAUGCAAUGGCGCGGCAUGCUAUGGCCCGGCAUGCUAUCGCGCAACAUGCUCUAGCGUGGUAUGCUUUGGCGCGGCAUGCUAUGGUCCGGCAUGCAAUAGCGUGGCAUGCUAUGGCGAGGCAUGCUAUAGCGCGGCAUGCUAUAGCGAGGCAUGCUAUAGCGUGGCACGCUAUGGCGAGGCAUGCUGUAGCGUGGCAUGCUAUGGCGUGGCAUGCUAUGGCGUGGCAUGCGAUGGUGUGGCAUGCUAUGGCGUGGCAUGCUAUGGCGUGGCAUGCUAUAGCUUGGCAUGCUAUGGCGUGUCAUGCUAUAGCGGUCCAUGCUAUAGGGUGGCAUGCUAUGGCGUGGCAUGCUAUGGCGUGGCAUGCUAUGGUGUGGCAUGCUAUGGCGUGGCAUGCUAUGGCGUGGCAUGCUAUAGUGUGGCAUGCUAUAGUGUGGCAUGCGAUAGUGUGGCAUGCUAUAGCUUGGCAUGCUAUAGCGUGA